AUGACUUUUAAAUUAAUCAUCUCAGGCGUCACAGGUCGCAUUGGAAGGCAGGUUCUGCAUCACGCGCUCCAAAACCCAACAAUCACAUCCGUGAUCGCUUUGUCUCGGCGUGCGUCACCUGAUCUUGUACAGCAUGCCAAGGUGCUCGUGCUGGUGUUGCAAGACUUCACCGUGUAUCCAGAAGACGUAGUUGCAGAGCUAGCCGGCGCCGAUGGGUGCAUCUGGUGCAUGACGACGACUGCUGGAGACCCCGUCUUGGAGAUUGACUAUCCAAGAGCAUUCGCAAACGCCAUUACACCGAGUCUCGCUAAUCAUGGCAAGCCAUUCAGGUACCUGCAUCUAAGCGGUGGCUUGGUAGAACGUGAUCAGAAGAAAUUCCUUUGGAUGAAAGGAUCCGUGAGAAAGACAAAGGGCCAAGGUGAGACGCAGAUGAUAGGGAUCGCCAACGAACCGAGUCACUGCGGCUUGUGGGAGACGAUUAUCGCACGUCCAGGCAUGGUUGUUCAGAAAGGCAGCUACGUUGGAGAAGCGUCAAUGUGGCUCGCCGGCUCUUCGGGCUCUUGUAUAAGAUCCGACGAACUCGCCCUUGCACUGAUUGACGCGGUGCUGCAUGGCAGUGAACAGCUCCUCCUUCCCGCGACACUAUUGCGACGAGGUCAAGAGCUGGCCAAGCUUGCAGGGCUAGACUAA